AUGAUUGCUCCAUCUUUGUUUACUCCUUCAUUUUAUGAUAUGUUUAACGUGGUUCACAUUGAUGAAAAAUGGUUUUACUUGUCAAAACCAUCAAAACGUUACUACCUUUUACCUGGCGAGGAUGAGCCAUUAAGAACAUGUAAAUCAAAAAAGUUUAUCACAAAGGUCAUGUUUCUAGCCGCGGUUGCACGGCCAAGAUUUGAUACGUCGGGUAACGAACGUUUUUCGGGAAAGAUAGGUAUCUUUCCUUUCACAAAACUUGAACCCGCAAAACGUUCAAGUAAGAAUCGUGUUGCGGGAACUUUAGAGACUAAGCCUAUCUUAUCGGUGAUUAAAGAAGUAACGAGGUCAUGGUUAAUUGAUAAAGUACUACCGGCUAUAAGGGAUAAAUGGCCACAAGGUCAUACAGGUCCAAUUUUUAUUCAACAAGACAAUGCGAAGCCACAUAAUAAUAUUGACGAUGAACAAUUUAUUCAAGAAGCAUCUCGAGAUGGGUUUGAUAUUCGACUUCGUUUUCAACCACCAAAUAGCCCAGAUUUAAAUGUGUUAGAUCUCGGGUUUUUUCACGCGAUUCAAUCACUUCAAGAACAAGAGGUUUUGGGAUCAAUAGAUGAAUUGGUUCAUGCAGUCCAAACCUCUUUUGAAAAAUUGUCAUCCCAUGAGCUUAACAAUGUCUUUUUGACUCUACAAGCAUGCAUGAAAGAAAUCAUGAAGGUGCAUGGUAGCAACCAUUAUCAAACACCACAUAUUGGUAAAGGUAAAUUGGAACGUCAAGGAAAAUUACCUUUGCAAAUUGAGUGUGAUAGCAAUUUAAUUAAUGAAGUAGUCUCACAUUUAGCUCACUAG